AUGUCAGCAAAGCAUUUCAUCAACGAUCCCACCAAGCUGGUGAACGCCGCCCUUCACAGUCUGACCCUGACGAACCCGAGUCUCGCUCUCGACAAGACAAAUAAGAUCAUUUACCGCAGGCCGACGGGCAAUGCAGACUCUCAAGUCUCCGUGAUCAGCGGUGGUGGCUCCGGCCAUGAGCCCUCCUUCUCGGCCAUGGUCGGCCAGGGACUUCUGUCCGCCGCCGUCGCCGGCACCAUCUUCGCCAGCCCCAGCGCCGAGCAGGUGCGCACCGCCAUCGCCUCCCGUGUCGAUACCUCCAAGGGUGUCUUGGUCACUGUUAUGAACUACACGGGUGACGUCCUCAACUUUGGCAUGGCUGUCGAGAAGGCCCGCGCCGCCGGACUUGAGGUCGAGAUGGUUGUUGUAGGCGACGACGUCGGUGUCGGGCGUGCCAAGGCGGGCAAGGUCGGUCGCAGAGGUAUUGCCGGCACUGUGCUUGUACACAAGAUCGCAGGUGCGCUGGCGGCACAGGGACGCCCUCUCAGCGAGGUUGCUAAGGUCGCGCGCCUGACGGCGGACAACCUGGUCAGCGUCGGUGCCAGCUUGGAGCACGUCCAUGUGCCUGGUCGCGCGAUCCCCAGCGAGAAGGACGAGGGCGCCCUGCAACUCGGUGAGGCGGAGCUGGGUAUGGGUAUUCACAACGAGCCCGGCUCCGGCCGGGAAAAGGCUGAUCUGCCUGAGCUGGUGAGCAAGAUGCUCACGCAGCUGCUGGACCAGAACGACAAGGACCGCGCGUUCUUGAACGUCAACUCGAACGAGGUUGUUCUGCUGAUUAACAACCUCGGCGGCGUGAGCGUUUUGGAGCUUGGCGGUAUCACCGCCGAGGUCGCCUCGCAGCUCGAGAGCAAGUACGGUAUCCGCCCCGUUCGCAUCUUGAGCGGAACGUACAUGACCAGUCUGAACGGUCUUGGUUUUAGCAUCACUCUGCUGAAUGUCGUCAACACGGACAUUGGCGGCCCUAGCAUGAUCCAGCUUCUGGAUGCCCCUACUGAGGCUACCGGCUGGUCUUCGCCCAUUCUCAAGGAGACCUGGGAAGCCAAGAACACGGCUACAAGAGAAGACGAAGCUGGCUCUGGAGAGACCACCAAGCCUAGCGAUCUCAAGUACGACCCUGCUGCCGCAACCAAGACCAUCACCACUGCCCUCAACCGCAUCAUCGCCGCCGAACCUGAGGUCACCAAGUACGACACCAUUGUUGGUGAUGGUGACUGCGGCAUCGGCCUGAAGAGAGGAGCUGAAGCCAUCCUUAAGCACAUUUCUGAGACGCCCUUGACCGGCGACGCCGUCGUCGAUCUUGCAUCCGCAGUCCCUGUCGUCGAGAACACGAUGGACGGCACCUCUGGCGCUCUCUAUGCCAUCUUCCUCAAUGCCCUUGUCGGGGCCCUCCGCUCGCUCGCGCCCGGCACUGCUGACCCUAAGGUCUGGGCUGCUGCCCUCAAGCAGAGCAGCGACGCCAUGUCGCGGUACACCCCCGCACGCCCCGGCGACCGCACUCUCGUCGACGCGCUGUACCCUUUCGUUGAGACCCUCGGUCAGACAGGCGACGUCAAGAAGGCUGCCGAGGCGGCGCGCGCCGGAGCCGAGAAGACCAAGGGCAUGAAGGCCAGUCUCGGCCGGACUGUGUACAUUGGUGGCUCCGGCUUCGAGCAGGUCCCUGACCCUGGUGCUUGGGGCCUCAGCUGCUUCUUCGCCGGUCUGGCGGGAAUUGAGAGUGAAGAGGGAUGGGAGAAGCUGUAA